AUGGAGAAUGGUGGUGAUGAUGCGAAACAGGGUGAUUCUGAAAACAAGGAAUCUGUUAAGGUGUACCAGGAGAAGAUUCUUGUCAUUAUGGCUGGAGAUGAGACACCCACAUUCUUGGCCACCCCUCAAGCCUCCUCUGUUUCUGGUGGACUUCCCAACCAUUUUGAGAAAAGUCUCCAAAACCACGUGACUUCUGAGAAAUCAGAGAAAGAGGAAAAGGUAGGUGUUAUUGAACAUGCCCUAAAAGGUGACAGCAACGACAACGCAAAAACAGUGCAUAAAUAUGAAAUCACUUUCUCUACUCCCAUGGUGGUGGCAUCUAACAAUGCCAAAAAGGUUUGGAGGAGGUGGGACGAUAAGUGUGUGAGCCCCAUCCACAGGAAACAAAGUGGGGGGUGGAUUGAAAAGGACGAGUGGUGGAGGGGGGUGGAAUAUGGCACCCUUUGCAUCGCAGUUGAAGUUCAUCCCCACCCCUAA